AUGGGCAAUAACGGCGCUAAUGGCGAGGCCGAGGUAGGCUCCGAUGGGCCAAGGCAAAAGGGCCGGGCGACGCCCGACACGCUCAAAGUCGGGUGCAUAGCCCUCGUCCUGAAAGACGGACAAUUCCGGCGUGCCGAAAUCCUCAGCAUCAAGGAAACCAAGAGCGGGAGGCAGUUCUACUGCAAUUUUGAUAACUUCAACAAGCGGUUGGACGAAUGGGUCCCGAUCUCGAGGAUCGACUUCGACCAGGACGUCGAGUGGCCGAACCCGGAGAAGGACAAGCAGAAGGACGCUAAGAGCAAGAAGACGGCGCCGGUGUCUAAGAAGUCGCAGCCGUCUAAGAAGGCGCAGAAGAAGGUCGGCAAGCGGGAGCAGUCGGUCGCGUCAGAGGGCCAGACGCCGCACCCCUGGACCGAGUUUGUCGAGUCGCAAACCAAGCCAGAUGGCGAAGACAAGGCAAAUGCGAGCCUGGAGCUUGGCGCCACGCCCAAUGUCGGCCCCGACGAGAUGGAACUGGACGAGGACGAGACGCCGGCCAGCGCGGCCAAGAAGGAGCAUACCCAGCCGUUCAGCCGAGAGCAGGAGAUAGAGAAGCUGCGGACGUCGGGCUCUAUGACGCAGAACCCAGCCGAGAUCGCCCGCAUCCGGAACAUCUCCAAGGUGGAGUUUGGGCGGUACGUGCUUUUCCCGUGGUACUUUUCUCCAUACCCGGAGGCCUUCAGCCAGGAGGACUGCAUCUACAUCUGCGAGUUCUGCCUCAGCUACUACGCCGACCUCACGUCAUUCAAACGGCACCGCAUGAAGUGCACGCUGCUGCACCCUCCCGGGAACGAAAUCUACCGGGACGAUUUCGUGUCGUUCUUCGAGAUCGACGGCAGGCGGCAGCGGACGUGGUGCCGGAACCUGUGUCUGCUCUCCAAAAUGUUCCUCGAUCACAAGACGCUCUACUACGAUGUGGACCCGUUCCUCUUCUACGUCAUGACGUCGCGGGACGAAAAGGGGUCGCAUAUCAUCGGCUACUUCUCCAAGGAGAAGGAGAGCGCGGACGGCUACAACGUGGCGUGCAUCCUCACGCUGCCGCAGUACCAGCGGAAGGGGUACGGCCGAUUGCUCAUCCAGUUCUCGUACGAGCUGUCCAAGAUCGAGGGCAAGCUGGGGUCGCCGGAGAAGCCGCUCUCGGACCUGGGACUGCUGAGCUACCGGCAAUACUGGUCCGAGAACAUCAUCGACCUGCUGCUUGGGUACAGCGAGCGCGAGGAGAAGUGCACGAUUGAAGGGAUCGCGUCACACCUCGCCAUGACAACCCAAGACGUCGAGCACACGCUGCAGGCUCUGAAGAUGCAGGUCUACCACAAGGGCGAGCACAAGAUUGUGAUUCCGGAGAAGCUGGUGCAGCAGCGCGAGAAGUCAAGGGCCAAGCAGAGGCGCGUCAUUGAUCCUUCCCGGAUCCAGUGGAAACCACCCGUCUUUACGGCGGCGAGCAGGACAUGGGGAUGGUAG